GUACUUCGAGCAGAAAACAGUUGCCGUGGGCAGUGCGUGCGAGGAGAACCAUGGCGACACAGGCCAAGAAGGACGAGCUCACCUGGAUGCACGUUAUUGUCCGGGUUUUCCUCAAUUCGACUACGCAUCCCAUCGAAUAUGCCAAAGUUCUGAUCCAGCUUGGUCAUGAGCCGCUGGAACCAUACAAAUCACGAACAAUAUUUGGGCGAGAAGCAUUCUAUUAUCCCAGUGUCUUCAGUUACAUUUCCUAUAUUAAAAAACGUGAUGGAUUCAGUGGAUGUUACCGCGGUUUGACUCCAAAGCUAGCAGCCAACAUCGUUAGUGGUGUGGCAUUUCAGAGAGUCACAGAAAGUAUCAAGUUUUCAGAACUUGAUGGUGAUGUUGUUGUUGAAGAUUUGACCGUUCGGGAGAAAACUCAGCGAUUCCUUCAGAAUACCACUCGGGAAUCGGCUGGUAGAGUAGCAGCCAUUUUGGCUUCACAGCCUUUCCAUGUCAUUGCUGUGCGUUGCAUGGCAGAAUUUGUGGGCGAGGAUGGGCAAUAUACGGGUGUGUUCACUGCUGUUGGCAUUAUCUAUCGAGAACAAGGGGUAAAAGGAUUUUUCUGUGGAUUAAUUCCACGUCUCCUUUGUGACCUGGCAGCAUUGUGGCUUGGGAAGACCCUAGCCCAUGUGAUUAAUAACUAUCUGGUGGAGGAUAAGGAUCUCAAGCAAUAUGUAUCUGCAUCAAUGAAUUUCCUGGCUUCUGCAGUGACCUACCCACUACAGGUUGUAUCCAACUGCAUGGCUGUGUCUGGUAGCGGAUUGGUGGCUGGUUCGCCUCCAAAUAUGCCCAUCUACAGCGGAUGGUUAGAUUGCUACCGUAAUUUGCGACAAGUUCGUGGCCUGAAGCGAGGAUCUUCCAUGUUGUGGCGCGCUUAUACUGGCCCUACAAUUAUGUUGGAUGGCUGUCUCAAUAUUCCUUCUUCAAGCAUGUUUGCAAUACCCUUAUCAUCUUAGCUUUAUAUGUUUUUGGGGGUAAAUCCAAUUUUUUUAUUUUUAUUUAAUCAUGAUAUAAUUUAAAUGUACUUGAUAAUUACAAAUAAAUGAUUUGUAAACAUAAAGUAAAAUGUGUUCCAACUCAUGCCAGUAAAGGG